GCUGUAACAAGUGAAUGUGGGCAUUAGUGGUGUGCCACAAACUUCACUCCGUGCCACUCAGGGAAGGACUGGAGGAACUGAAUGUCUGCCAGCCAGUAUAAAGCAGGUUGUGGGGAGAAAGCAGACUCACCAGACAAGUUUUGAAUGCUCAUGGGAAAGAACAGAUUUUACUUCAAGAAGGUCUUGGAAGAAAAUCCUUGAAAUCAAUCUGAAUCAAGUUGAUACAUGCAAAGCUGAGGAGGACAAAAACCCUGUCAAUCAACUACACUGUGGAGGACUACUGGAUGGGAAGAGUUUGAUCAAACUAUUUUUUUAAGAGAAAACACCAAUCGGUUCUAAAAAAAUAAAAAUACCUAUCAGAAACUAGUAGGGAAUAUAGCAGUCCUUAAGAAAUUAAUCUAGUCCACAUUGAUGAGUCAAAUACUGUUUCUCAGAGCUGGAAAUAGAAAAGGCACUGAUCUCCCUGCUCCUGCUUGCUGUGCUCCAGUGAAAGACAGCUGAAGGUGAUUUUAGCUGCCCACACCUGUGCUACCUGUCUCACUGCACAUGUAGAGAUCAUCCAGAAAAUAAAUGUUCUGGCCCGUAAGACACAUCCUGGUACAAAAAAGUCUGUCAUCUGAGAACAAGAAGCCAGAUUUUCUGAGAUCCAGUGCUCCUGGUAUCCUAAAUGACAAGAAUUAAGGAGUCCAGGGAAUGCUGGAAUCUAAAGUUUAUUGGUAUAAACUUGUGCCUGGGAAAAUUCAAUAUGAAGUUACUUCUCCCUAGUGAAUGCUUCUAAUCAGGGGUGAAAGAAAAGACACCUGCAUGUUUUCAGCCUUUCAACUCAGGUCUGAGAAGUUGUUGGAAAGUUUCCUGCAGCCUGAAAUGACAGAGAGCCUUGUAAAAAGGACACCCCUAUUUUACACCCAAGGAAUAUUGCUUAAUAGGUAUUAAUCUGAAGAAAUAUUGUUACGAUAAAGUUUUUGACAGACUACCACCCUUCUGAACACCCAGAGAGCAUUUAAUUUUUGUCUGAUCAGAAGCACCUAAUGUCACUGCACAUGCUACAAUGGAAACUGUAAGACAAAUACAAAGUUUUGGCAUCUGUGUUACCUGUACAUAUCCUGUAGCAUCUGGUGUGGUGUUUGCCACUCUUCUAGUUUCUUGCUGCUCAUCUCUGAACAUAAGAGCUCGUCCACUUGUUUCUAAUUCACCUUUCCUUUCUAUCUGGAAUGCUCCUACAGAACUUUGUGCUGAAAGGAGUGGAGUGCAGCUGGACAUGAAUUUUUUUCCUCUAAUUGGAAGCACACUAAAGACAUCCAUUGGGCAAAACAUCACUCUCUUCUAUCCAGACAGGCUUGGCUACUACCCUUACAAAAAUGAAGUCACAGGACAGGCAUUCAAUGGAGGACUCCCUCAACUCUCGCUGCUGGAGAAUCAUUUAAAAAAAGCCAAAGAAGACAUCCAGUUCUACAUUCCUUCAGAUGAACAGCUUGGAUUGGCUGUCAUUGACUGGGAAAACUGGAGACCUGUGUGGAUAAGGAACUGGGGAUCAAAAGAUAUUUACAGACAGGAAUCCAUUGAGCUAGUUCAGCAGAGAGACCUCAGUCUAUCUGAAGCUGAAGCCAGAACUAUAGCUAAAAUGGAAUUUGAAUUUGCAGCAAAAUCAUUUAUGUUGGAAACUUUGAAGCUGGGCAUAGAAACGAAACCAAAUCGUCUGUGGGGAUAUUACCUUUAUCCAGACUGUUAUAACUAUGAUUACAAACAAAACCCACAUAAUUAUACAGGAGCCUGUUUAGAUAUUGAAAUAGAAAGAAAUAAUGAGCUUAACUGGUUGUGGGAGAAAAGCACAGCACUUUAUCCAUCUAUCUAUCUAGAGACAGCCUUAAAAUCUUCCAGAAAUGCUCAACUCUUUGUUCGCAACAGAGUUCAAGAAGCCAUCAGAACUUCCUAUGUCUCUAACUCUAGUCAUCCCCUUCCAGUUUUUGUAUACACACGUCCAGUAUUCACAGAUGUCUAUGAGGAAUAUCUCUCUGAGGAUGACCUGGUAAAUACCAUUGGAGAAUCUGCUGCACUGGGUGCUUCUGGAAUUGUGAUCUGGGGUGAUAUGAAUUUAACACAAAGUAAGAACACCUGUAGAACUCUGGACAACUACCUUAGGAGGACUUUGACCCCAUACCUCAUCAAUGUCACAAUGGCAGCCCAAAUAUGUAGCCAAGUGCUAUGCCAAGACUCUGGUGCUUGUGCACGGAAAAAAUGGAAUUCCAGUGACUAUCUUCACUUGAACCCUGAGAAUAUUGCAAUUCAAAUGACAAAGGAUGGAAAAUACACUUUACAAGGGCAGCCAUCAUAUCAGGAUCUGCAAACAUUCAUAGAAAAAUUUGAUUGCCAUUGUUAUGCAGGGCACAGCUGUGAACCUAGAGCUGAUAUAAAUGACAUCCAUUACCUCCAUGCUUGCAUUUCAGAAGAUAUUUGCAUUCAGAUAUCCUCAAAUUCACUUUCCAACAUAGAAGCCUCUGAAGAAAAGAUCCUGUCUAACAGAACUGCAUUUUCAUUUACCUCUGAGAGUAAGGUGACAUUAUCUACACAUCCUGAAGUAGAAGAUUUCCAAUCUACUGAUGGAAAUAAUAUACUUAAUAUAACAACUGCAGAAUAUAACACUGUUACAGCUGCCAGUAGCUAUGAUUUAGAAGAAAAUGAUACUCGUACUUUCAGUAGUUCUUCAUCCCAUAAGAUAAGGAUGUUUAGUCUGUUUCACUUAAUACUCCUUUUGAGAACCUUAAUACAAAUGGUCCAUGAAAGUGAGAAUAUCCUUUUCCUUGACUGUAUUUGAAAUUCUAAAAGGUUUUCUUUUGCAAAACAAACAAAAUAAUUCCUGAAAGACUUAUGGUCUUAUCUGUAUCAGGUAAUCUUUUCUAAUCCAUAGGUACCACUUGAAUGUAUUUUUUUCAGUUUAGUUCUCUAAACUACUAUCUGUGCCAAAGAUAUACUGGUCUAUGUAUAUAGUCAUAGUCAGUCUAUGUAUACUGACUAUGCUAUGUGAGAGGAUAAUCCAGAAUAAGAAACAUUUUUUACAGUUUACAUUUUUAACCAUUAUAUUGGGAAAAAAGUAAUGGUUGACAAUGCUCUUUUGUGCACUUCAAGUUAAGACAGUUAAAUAUAUAAUAUAUAAAAUAAGUCAUCAGGUUUGAUGCUCUAUGCAAGAAUUAAUUUCAUUCCAUAUGAAUGGAAUUAUCUUUUAAAAUAUUUGGCUUAACUUUAGAUUUGUGGAACUUUGCAGCAUAAAAUUUAUCUGAUUAAUGUAAUGUUCCUCACUUUUCACAAAACCUUUAGGGAUGCUGUAGCUUUUCUUUUAAUUAAAUAUAUUUGUAACUCUUCAAAAGGUUCUAAUUUCAGUGUCGAUGUUGACUUUGAAUAUUACAGCUUCAUUAUUUAAAAUUUGAGCUGUAGCAGUUUAUCCCUUCUGCUCAAAAAUCCUCCCCCUUAUUUCAAAUGUCCCUUUUUUGAUUUCCAUUUGUUUUGUCUUGCCAAUACUCACAACUCAUCUGCUCUGCCUGUGCAUUCCCUGCAGCACAGGUCACCAGUCCUAGUUUCUCCAUCCAGCCAUCCCUAGGAAAUGGAUAGGGCUGCAUGCGCCAUUUGGACAAAAGUCUGCGCAUGGGACUGUAUGCCUCAUUAUUCCUGAGGAGUCCCUUUGGUGAAAACCAUUUUGCUCCCUAGGAAAACCCAGCAGUGGAGGCAGAAAGAUAAGUGUCACUGGGGACCUGAGACAAUCUCAGGACCACCUUUCUGAUUCAGUUUGCUGACUGAACUGAAAGUAUUUGCUUAAUACUAUUCCAUUGCCAAAAGCAGUGUGAAAGUAGCAGAGAUACCUCAGAAGAAAACUACUCUCAGUAUCAUAUCAGGACUCUAGUUAUGAUUAACAUGUAGUCAGUUUAAGCAUUUAGAAGCAAUUAGCUGCAGUUUAUUUGAUAAAAUAACCUUUUCAAAUUAUUAUGUCAGAUGCUUAAUAGACAGUUGGCCUUCCAGUGGGUGAAGAGUGGCUGCUGGCAUGGAUACAUUAAAAAUCUCCCUAGAGCCAGGCAUGAUCUGCAUAAAUAAUUCAUCACCUCUCACAGAUAUAGCCUGCCUCACUAAUGAAAAUAACCAGAACUUCAAUGUAGUGGCCAUUUACUUAUAAAAAGUUCAUUUCUUAAUCUAGCAGAAAACACAUAUUAUUAUAUCCAUUUUCUUUGAAUUUUCAGGUUGUUGGUCACAACAGAGAUGCAGAAAAAUAGAUGAAGCCUUUAGACUUAACAUGGAGAAAUAAUGUUUUAUGGCUUUUGAACAGCAAGUUCUCAAGAGGAAGUAACAAUUUUCUCAUCCCAGUUACAGUGAA